AUGUCUUUAACGACCGAAAAGAGUGGAAAUGAAAGCGCCCAAGACACACUGACCCACGACGAACCAUCGAUCGAGAGCGCGCCGUUAGGUCCCUCUGGAAAUUCUGAAACUCAACCACCCGAUGGUGGCCUUUGGGCGUGGUUGUCUGUUGUGUCGGGCUUCUUCGUCAUCAUGAAUACCUGGGGAGUCUUCAUAUCCUUUGGUGUCUUCCAAACCUACUACGUUACGGCUCUUGGACGGUCCUCUUCUGAAAUCUCGUGGAUUGGAUCUUUCGAAGUCUUCCUGCUCUUCUUCGUGGGCAGUAUAGCCGGGGCAUUGACCGACGCAGGGUACUUCCGGAGCACCAUGACAGCAGGCAGUCUGCUCGUUCUUAUCGGGACCUUCAUGACAUCGGUAUCCAAAACCUACUGGCAGGUGUUCCUUGCGCAAGGUGUUUGCACAGGCUUAGGCAACGGCUUGAUGUUCACUCCGACCAUGACGGUCAUCUCGACCUACUUCACGGGGAAGCGAGCCGUGGCCUUGGCUAUUGCAGCUUGCGGUAGUACUGUUGGCGGUCUCGUUUUCCCCAGCAUGGCUAGAACGCUACUGCCGACAAUUGGUUUCGGUUGGACGAUGCGGGCCAUUGGACUUAUCCAGCUGGUAACGUUAGCCGCAGCCCUGGUUGUCGUCCGGCCUAGGGUAACACCUAAGAUCGGAGGGGCAUUCUUCGACUGGAGCGCUUUUAUGAUCUCUGAGUACAAUUUAUUUGCCAUUGGAUCGUUUAUGGUUUACAUUGGCCUCUUUUUUCCAAUCUUCUACCUGGCGUCAUAUGCUCGCAGCGCAUUGGGUUUGGAGUACACCCAAUCUCUCAACCUGAUUCUGGUUUUGAAUGGUGUCGGCAUCGUCGGUCGUCUCGCCCCCAGCUUCAUCUCUCCGAUCAUUGGCCCUCUCAAUCUCUUCGUCGUGCACGUGGUCGUCACGUCUCUGGUCGUCUUCCUGUGGGCCCCGGUAACGACCGUCGGAGGGUUGUAUGCUUGGACCGUGUUCUUCAGCCUAUCAAUGGGCGGAAUACAGUCGCUUGCGCCUACUGCGCUAGCUUCUGUAAGGUUUGACCCACAGAAGCAAGGCACGCUUCUUGGCAUGGUCAAUACCGUGUCUGGUUUCGGUGCUCUCAUCGGACCAGCAGUCUCAGGGACGUUGAUCAAAGGCGGGGUUGAUUACUUGAAUGCCCAAAUGUUUGCUGCAAGCUGUAUGGCCGCUGGAGCAGCUGUUUUGGUCCUCGCGCGUGAGACUAAGAGGAGGAAGGCAUCCCUCGGAUUUCGAUCUAAGCUCUAG